UGUAACGUAAAGACGUUUGUGCGGAAAAGCGUUUAGCACUACAGCCGGUUAUUGUUGUUGUGUUUAAAUAAUUAACUACAACAAACAAAAUAAAAAAAAAACAAUAUUAAUAACGACACAGUUGGUUGCAAGAAGCAAGUGUUUUCAAUAUUUAUUUAAAAAGAACAAGAGAAAAAAAAAUUUAGUUUGAAACGAACAAUUGGAUAAACAAAAAACGUGCUGCGGCGGCUGCUGCUGGUUCUGGUUGCCAGAGUAUGUUUGAUAAACUGAGGAUGGCUCUCGACGGUAAAACGAUUAUAAAAGAAGAAAUAACAGACAAAGACGCCUAUGAGGCUUCAGCAUCAGCUAAUUCUACACGCAGAACAAAAGCCACUUCAAAUUCUUCCAGCAGCAGUAAAGAUUCCACCACGUCGAACGGCAACAAUAACAAUACGGGUACCAAUCCCACCGGUACAACCACCAAUUCGCGUUCCUGCCGCACUCCCGACUCACCCGAAUCUGCCAGAGCUGUAGCUCCUCGAUCACCCAUGUCUCCGCAACUGCAUCAACAUCACUCCAGUUUGGCACCGCCGCCUAGACCCAAUCGUAAUGCUAGCGCUUCACCGGUAAUUAAUGGUGCCACCACCACUCCGCCGCCUCAGCCCACAGUACAGAGUGCACAAGCAGCUGUAGCAGCGGCCGCAGCAGCAGCUGCUCAUGUUGAACAGGCCCGUUUGUUGGGUAAAAUACGUAAAUUUCUAGGAUCUCUAGUGCAAUUAGCCCAGGAUGUGCAUCCCGAUGUUAGUGAUCGUGUAAGAGCUUUGGUUUUGUCUUUGGGCAGUGGUGGCAUUAGUAUUGAUGAAUUUCGCAUGGCUCUGCAGGAGGCCAUUAAUUUGCCCUUAAGGCCGUAUGUCAUUCCACUACUAAAGAAUCAUAUUUCUUUGCUGCAAAGGGAGAUUGUGGCCUUAGCUCGUGCCACAAAUCAGACUACUCUGCAAUAUGUGACCACAAAUGAAAAUUCUGUAAUGGAGUUUUCUCCUCAUGGGCCACCAGCUGAAUACAGCGAUAUUUUUGUGCAAAUCGACAGUCAAUCUAAUGGGAAUUCUGCCACAAGUCUGGUGUUUAAAAGGCGACCUUCGGACACUUUAAUGGAGCCGCAUGGUCAUAAUGGUGCCCAGGAAUGGAAUGAUUAUAUGGCAGCUUAUCCGCCGGCUAAACGUUUACAUGCCCAUAAUCCCCACACCUCCCAAAACGAAUCGCGUAUACCAUUUGCCUCCGCCCAGCCAACCAUAUUUGACUAUUCAACUUCUGGAGCAAAUGCUGCACAAUCGGAGGGUUCUUUCAGUAAUUUAAUGGAAAAGUCCAAUCACCGAGAUGAACGUGAGCUUAGAUCGACUGUUAACGCAGAACCUUCAUCUCAUCGGCCUUUGGCACGUUCGGUUAUGCCUACCGCUAGCAGUGGUCCGGGUGGUGGAGGCCCUGGUGGUUCUGCUGGUCCCCAAGGUGAAGAAGAAUGGAAGAACAUACACACCAUGUUGAAUUGUAUAUCCGCCAUGGUUGAUAAAACUAAACGAGCCAUUACGAUACUACAGCAACGUGGCGUUGAACCCCAACAGCCCAAUUAUGGUGAAAUUACACCGGCCACUUUAAUGGAAAUACGAAGACAAACUGAGGAGAAAGUGGCUGAAUUUAAAAGAAAUGCAGAAGAUGCUGUUAAUCAAGUCAAACGCCAAGCCGUCAUUGAAAUCCAAAGAGCCGUUGUGGCCGCCGAAACUCGUGCCGCCGAAGUUAUGGCCCAGGAACGUUUGCGCAUGGAAAAGUUUUUCGUUGAAAUGAGUCGACAUUCCGGCAGCGAAAGAGAAAUCGAUAAUAAAUCACCCUCCAUAGCUGCUAGUCAAAAUGCCUGUUGGAAUUGUGGUCGUAAGGCAACAGAAACCUGUUCGGGUUGUAAUUUGGCACGUUAUUGUGGUGCGUUUUGUCAGCACAAGGAUUGGGAACAUCAUCAUCAGAUUUGCGGCACCACACGAACAACCGAUCUGUCGACGAAGCACGCUUCCCAAGUUAUACCACUGUCGGCCAAUAUACGCGGCGCAUUAACACGAUCACCACCCACACCCUCGCAACCACCAGCCCAUUCACAAGCGGCCCAAAAUCAGGCCACUUCAACAGCAAACAAUGCGCCACAGCCGAGUUCAUUGGUGGCCAAUGGCAUCGGUUCCAAAUGACGUAUUCGCAUGAUGAAACCCAAAAAGAAAUAUAUGUGCUAGUCAAAUUAAAUACAUACACACCCACAACUAUUAUUAAUUAAAUUAAAAAGAAAAUACAAUUAUAAAAAAUACUUAAAUCUUAAUACAAACAAAAAAUUAAAAAAA